AUGACCUCUUUCAAAGUCAUUAUCAUCGGCUCUGGGCUAGCCGGCAGUUUGCUUGCCAAUGGUCUCGCCAAGCACAGUAUCGACUUCGAAGUCUAUGAGCGCGCAGAGAAGCACUCGAAACGCGAAGGAUUCCAGAUUCGGCUGGGCGAGGGAGCUCUUAUCGGCAUGCGGGCAUGCUUGGAACAAGAGCAAAUCGAUUCUAUUGCCAGACGGUUUGCUCGCUCGACUGUCUCAAACCCACCCGUUGUGUACGACAAGCACUUCAACAAGUUGUUUGAGCCAGGGAAGAUGCCGGGAUAUCAGAGGUCGACCCCGAUCAACCGCGUAUCUCUUCGAGAGGCUCUCUCCGAGCCACUCCACAAGAUGGGAAAACUCCACAAUGAGAAGCGACUUACGAACUACGAGAUACACCGAGAUGGCAGUCGGCACUUUGUCAAGGCCUUCUUUGAUGAUGUGUACCUUCCAAGAGAGGUUGGAAACGCUACCGACUCAAAACAUAGCUCUGAACAGGGCAUAUCUACCAUGCUUGGAAUAGGAUGGCACCGUGAUCGAAUGCCUCAAGAGUUUGACACAUUAACAACGGAGGAGAAAUGGGAUGCAGCUGAGCUACUUAUCCGCGAUUGGUCUCCACAACAAGGUAUGGGCGGCAACCAGUCCAUGCUUGACACUGCCGACGCUCUUCCUCUCCUGACUAGGUUGGCGGAGAAGGCAAAGACGGCAAACGGUACUCGUGAGCAAGACUUCAUGGAAGCGUGUAAGUCUUACGAAGGUGCUGUCAUACCUCGCGCAUUUGAAUGGGUUAGACAAAGCGGAGGCAACAAUCCACUGGCGUCCGACACGUCGAAGUUCCAGGCCAGGGCAAUCAUGCGUCUGCUUUCCUUCAUUGGAGAAGUCUCGACGUUCUGGAACUGGAUGGUCUUCAAAAUCACUGGCGUGGACAACUCCAAACAGGCGAUUGACUUGUUAUAA